AUGGGUAAGAGAAUAACAGGCAGAACCGUCCACCCAGAGAUCUCUGAUGCUACUGGCUGGCCAGCAUUACCAUCCUCCUCCUCCUCUACUCCAAUACAGAGCAGGACGCAGCCAUGGACAACUGCUAAAGGGAAGACCAACAGCAAAUAUCCUGUAGAACACACUGUCAAAAUGCAAAUCAGUUUUGCUCCUCUACACCAGGAUUCCGCAUCUCCAUCUGAUGAACUAGAGUACCUCUCAUUGCCACAGAGAAUGGUAAGGUCUGUACAUAAAUCAGAAGCUAACAGGCCGCAGGCAAAGCUAACACGUGGGCCCCAGAUUCUGAUUGUGAGAGAUGCCGCAGUUAAAGAUAUGAGAUUUAUGUUCUCCUAA